AUGUCCUGCGCCCAGGUGCACCUGGAGAGCGACCCCUACGAAGCGGACCGCCAGUUGCAACAAGCCGUCCGCUCGACUUUCAAACGUCCCAACGGCUACUCCUCCCAUUCUCGCAAGCACUCGCGCACCUCUGCCGUGGACUCGGACUGGCCGUCGGACUGGCCUUCGGACGAAUCUGGCCGCUUCGAUGACGCGGAGGAAUGUGAUCCAUACGAGCAACCUACCAACUCGCCGUCCGCGCACUCAACCAAGCGCCGCCGUUCAAACGAUUGGCCGCUCCAACCCGGCGAAGAAACGCCCCCACCAAAGGACAAAGGCAAUCACUGCUGGCCGUUCAGGAACUCGAGUCACGGCUCACCUCGUCGAAAUGGACGGGGCCGCCGGUCUCGCUUCAUCGAGGAGCACAUGAACGACAGCGUGAGCGAAAAGCCGCCGAGUAUCUUCAUGCGCGAAGACGCGGGCGCAUCCGCGCAGCACGAUAGCGGCGCAGGUCAGAGGUCAUCUGGUAUCUUCCGGUUUGGGAAGGCGAUUGCAUCGGCGUUCAAUCCGUUUGGGGUGUGGGGGAAUGUCUCUGAUAUCUGGCGCGGCUCGCAGUCCGAGCACAGGCCGGAAGUCGAUGCCAGGGUGCAGGCGGAGAAGGCGUACGCGGAGCUUAAGAAGGCAGGCUACAAGGGGACUGUCAAGGGAAGCUAUAUGCAGGACGUGCAGAUGAGGGCUCCCGUUGCGGAGCACUCUUGCAGAGCGAGCCAGGCGCAGUGGGACGGCAGCAAGACUAUGGGGCGUCACUCGAGGCAGAAUUCCGGAGAAGGAUACGGGUCUGGAAGCUCGAUUCGGAGUUCGUUCCAGGAACUACGCAAGGCCAAGUCGUCGCUAGGCAUCCAUUAUAUCAAGCGAGGAUCGGAGGACUCGGAGCGUCCCGAAGUGCGCAAAUCGCGAUCCCGCAAGGAGCUACAGAAGCAAACCAAGCUGCUGAAGCGGGUCAGUGAUCUCGAGGGGAAGCUUGAACGCGCGAGGCGCGAGCUGCGCGAGCUGACGGGCGAGGAGGAGGAGCCGGUAAGGACACUCUGCCAGGAGAGACCCUAUCAUCGACAGUUCGUGCCCGGUGCCCUCCCCACGCUACCUUCGGAGCGAUUCUACGAGAAUGAUGCCACAGCAGUGCCUGAUUCACAAGCAGUCGAGCUAGCGCCUCUGUCCGUCACGUCUGGGAAUGUCCGACGAGUGGCUGAGAGCCAGGGGAACGGAUUGGAGGAUGCGAGCGUCGUCGGCAAAACCGCUCGAAGCUCACCAAAAAAAAAGACACCUGCCGUGCCUGUGGAAAGCCCGUCCCUAAAGAGAAAGUCGCCGGAUCCAAAGACAGUCCGUGACAAAGUUCAUCAAAUGACUAAAGAUUCUCCUAAGAAGGAGACUCGGUAUGAAGAACCCGCCCGUUUUCAUGAAACCAAUACACCCCGAAAGGCGACAAAAAUGGGAAAGAGCGACAGUCCUGGAUCUGUUGAGCGAAAGCGGACGCAGGAUCAAACCCAGCCAGAAGAGCACGAAUACCGAGGAAGAAACCAACCUCAACCCCGUCGACGCUCAAACACCCGCUCCCCCUCCACCCACGGACGAAGAUCAACCUCGCGGAGUCGAACGACGCCAUGUCUCCGGAUGAAGCAAGGACGCUCAGAUCUUCGCUCCGCCAGCUCCAGUGCCAGCGAGAAUCAGUUGCAUGAGCUCGAGAAGCAACCGAACCGCGAGAACGAACCUCCACAGGAGCCUUACCUCGACUAUCCGAUCCUAGAUCUGAAGGAACUGGACGACAGGUCCGGCGCUCCCACUCCAGCAUCCACCCCCAGCCGGGGCUACGAGCACGAGCGUAUCCCGCCUGUGCCUCCACUCCCGAAAAACCUAGCUGCCACAGCUGCAAAGGUAGAUCGACGGCUAGCGAAGGAGAUCUGGAAGCGGAGGAACGCACACAUGCAGAUCUCGGGCCAGACACAACCCAUGGAAGAGGACUUUCGAUGGCCCGAGGAUUUUUUCUGA